AUGAACUCCGCAAAGAACAAAAGCAGAAUGCAGAGCAAGUGGAGCGACGACUGUCCUUGGCCCCGCCGAUUGCUUCAUGUGGCUUCCAUGAUAUCGUAUACAUGGAGCCCAGGAAACAAGUACGGACCUCACAAGGAGCCAAGAUAUAAUGCUGUGUCCUAUACUUGGGGCCGUUUUCGAUACAGGAGCAACGAGCCGGAAUAUGCCAAGACACGUCCUCUCGGCGUCAAGGGCGUGACUUGGCCCCUGCCACGAGUGUACCCGUCUCACUUCACCGUGGAACAAUUACACAAGCUUCUCAAGACUGCUACCUGUCCAGAGGGUCAAGGAAUCCCGGUUGAUUUUGUAUGGCUAGACGUUGCCUGCAUUGAUCAGACGGAGCCUCAUACGCCAGAGUACUACAGCGAGGUCGGCAGGCAAUCCAAGAUCUUUCGCGGCGCGACUGAUGUGGUCGUGUGGCUCACGAAAACCGACAGCAAGCAAAUGACACAGUGGUGGACAAAAAUGAGCAGUAUCAAGGCUCCAGUCAAAGAAGUCCUUGUUGGCGGUUGGGAAAACUAUGAUGUCGAUGGGUGGUUGAGCCAAGUCCUCGUGGAAUUUCAGCAGCUGAGAAGCGACCCAUGGUUCACUUCAUUGUGGACACUUCAGGAGGCAUUCCUCUGUCCCAUGGCCAUCAUUCUCCUCAGUGAUAGUCAAUCUUUCUUCAACUGCGUCAAUGAUAUUCCCUCGGGGGGGUAUUUAUCUCACCUGAUUACUCUCUGCCAGGGUAUGUACAACUUCCUCAACCAACUACAAAGAUCGGUGUCCCGGAAGGCUACAUUCAGCCAAGCCAUGCUUGACGCUGUCAAGGCCGAGAUCGAAACAUUCGGAUUCCUCGAGGGGUUUAACCAGGGAACGAAUCUGCUUAGAAUGCUCGAGCUGGGCUUUAGCGCCGAGUCGCCAUGGAUGGGUAAUCCAUUAAUGCUACUACAGGCUUCGCAUCGGCGAACCUGUUACGAGAAGACUGACCGUGUCAGAGGCAUUAUGCAAGUUUUUCAGUUGCGUUUGGGUGAAUCGUCACCUAAUCAUAUCCCCGGAAAGACUUAUAGUCUGUCUGAGCUUGAGGAUCAACUCGCUUCCGAAUUACUCCGAAUGUAUCCAAUUUCUAGUCAGCUAUUCAUCCAGGAUCGAGCCUGUCCACCUCGGAGAGCGUGGCGAAUCAACGCGAAUAUGACCAUGAUGCGCUUUUCUGAACUCUUGUGGCGUCAAAUGACAACACUCGACGGAUCCUCAGCCUCGGAACGGAAGAUUGUGACGAGAUCAAAGGGCGCAACACUCGAUUCCGCAACGUUCGAAGGUGUGCUUAUGGCUCGUUUUCGUGGUAACUUCUCCAAGAUGAGCACAUUCGUUCAAGUUAUGGAGAAGUGCAUUGGAUUUGAUACUAUGGAGCUCGAGUUGGAACAUAAAUAUAAAGACGCGAUACAAGAGGUCUUUCCAGGGACGAUUGUGUCGCGUUCCCAGGAAUUCGCAUGGCUAGCUGGCCAGUCACAAGGUCGCAAUAUGGGCACUCUGUUCCUCGCACGAGUCGGGCCUCCGCCCAACGCGCCCAGACUUGACAAUGUCUGGUGCAGCUGGUGCAUUGGUUUGGUCCUCUGUCAAGAAGCUGGUCGGAGAGAUGUUUUUGAGAAGAUUGGGGUGGUUACCUGGGACCUUGAGGCUAUUCGUGGAGCAGGACAGGACAGGAGAGUUCAGUCAACUGAUGAAGUGGCAGAUGCUGCCAAGUAUAUAGUUGGCGAGGGUACAGGCUGGACCCCCCUGAGUGGCUAUUUUGGAUGA